AGGUAAAGAAAGGAAACAUGUCUAAACAGGCUUAUUAAAACUACUCAUCAGAACGGAGAGACCCAUUUUUCUAAGUGCAAGAAUAUUCACUCCGAUUUACGAUGUCUCAUAACUCUCCAUGGGCAAAACAGGCAUCUGGCACUCCUUUAAGAAGGAAGGAUAUGUCGCCAGUGUUUAAGACGCCCAUGACAUUCAGUCCCAGGCUGGCAGGAGAACAGGCUAAACCUUCACCCUCAAAGUUUGAGCUGUGGAAAGAGGAACUAGGACUAGACGAGGAUGAAGAAGAGGAGGAAGCUAGCUCGGGAUCAGAGGAGGAGAGUGAUAAAGAAAAUGAUGAAGGGAAUUGUUCUAUAGUAGAGUACCAGUCAUUGAAGAAGGAGCUGGAGGAAAGGAAUCAACAGAGGGAUGAGCUUCUCUUUAGAAUCAAAACACUGUCCGAUAAGAACAAACAAUAUAGGACGAGAUUACAGAAGGAGGAGACCAACAAGAAACAGCAGAUUAAGAUCAUGCGGAAGACACAUGAAUCACACUUGCAGGACAAAAUGCUGUUGAUCAGCAAUUUAGAAGAUGUUAUACAGGAACAGGAGGCUAAGAUCAUGCAACUGGAGGCUGAGCUCAUUGGUGAUACAAGCCAGGAGUCCAGGCGACCAAUCUCAAGCACAGUUAAGCUGAUAGAGCAGCUGAAACAGCAUCAACAGGAGAAAGCAGACUUCAUGGGGCAGCUGCUAAAUGCACAGAAUGAAUUGGCAAACUUUAAGGACAGCCCUACAGCUUCAGGGGACACCCUCAAGUCCAUAGUUUCUCGACUAGAGGCAGAGAAUAAGGAGCUUCAAGAAGAGGUUGUUAGACUCGGUAGCAUGCAGAACACAGGGACCACUGACACUGAAAAACAACUACAGAAGCUGGAGAUAGAAACUGACCAAUUACAACAAGAACUCAGAGAAGCUAGGAAUAUAAAACCUCAAGUCAUCCGUGAGAUACAGACAGACACUGCACAGAUAAAGCGACUGGAAACUAAGAUCGAUGACCAGCAAAAAGAAAUAUUCCGAUUAGAAUCUGAGCUAAAAUCGAGAUGUACAGAGCUAAAGCAGGCGGAGACAAGGCAUUAUGGGAAGUUACAGGGUGUCUCAGAAGAAAAGUCAAAGAUAGAGAGGGAGCUAAGACAAUUGAGAGUUGAGUUGACAACAUUACAGGCUAAACCACCAGAGGUGGUCACCAAGAUAGAGAGAGUGGAGGUGGAGUCUAAGAAAGACAGAAUAUCACUGGAGAAGUCCAUUCAGGACAACACAAAGCUACAAGGGGAACUGUCAGAACUGCAACAGUUAUAUAAGAAUAGUCAGGCAAAGUUAGUCCAUGAACAAGGAGAGGUGAAGAAGCUUAAUACAAAGCUGGAUGACUAUGGCAAAGAGAUGCAGUUAGUCCAACAAGAGAUGGAAGCAGAGAUCAAUAGAUGUCAACAGGAGAAACAAGAAGCUGUACUGAGAGCCCAGAGACAAGCAGACCAAAAAAUGGAAACACUCAAUGCAAACUUUACAAAGAUGAAAGUAAAGUUGUCUUUGAUGACUCCAACGAUGAAGGAUCUGAUGAAGGACUACACACAGUUGAAGAAACAGUGUGAGAACAUGCCAAAUGUCAUAAAAACAGCAGUGAAACAGACAACCAAGGAAAUAAGUAAAUCUAUAUCUGACAUAAGUGAGCACAAUCAAGAACUAGUCAAGAAGUAUAAGAAGGAGAUGGCUCUCAGAAAGAAAUACCAUAAUGAAUUGGUAGAACUAAAAGGCAAUAUAAGAGUUUUUUGCAGAGUCCGUCCACAAAUCAAAGAAGAUGGGAGUGGCCCACCAGCAACAAAAGCGAUUGGCUACGAUCAAGAUGAUGAUUGUGUGCUAUAUGUUGCGAAUAAAGGUCGAACUCAAACAUUUGAAGUGGAUAGUCUCUUUACAGAAAAAAGUACACAAGUACAGGUGUUUAAUGAAGUACAGCCACUGGUGGUAUCCUGUCUUGAUGGCUAUAAUGUUUGUAUAUUUGCAUAUGGACAAACUGGCUCUGGCAAAACAUACACCAUGGAAGGUGUAUAUGGUGAUGCAGGCAUCAACCAGAGGGCGCUGACAGAGCUAUUUACAAUCAUAGAGGAACGGGGCGUUGAGUGGCAGUACACUAUCUCAGUGAGCGUCAUGGAGAUAUAUAAUGAAAUGCUUAGGGAUCUAUUGAGUUCUGACCCAUCUUACAAGAUGGAGAUUAAACGCAACCAAGAUGGCAGCCUUUAUGUUCCUGGCCUCACUACAGUCCCAGUCUCAUGUUUAGAUGAUGUCAAUGAGACAUUUGCCUUGGGAAAGACCAACAGAGCUACAGCCACCACUAACAUGAAUGAGCAUUCCUCCCGCUCUCACUGCUUGCUAUGUGUCACAGUGACUGGGGUCAGUAAGACUACAGGAAAGAAAUCAAUAGGGAAACUGAAUCUCAUAGAUUUGGCUGGAUCUGAGCGGAUUAGUAAAUCUGGAGCAGAAGGUUCCAGAUUGAAAGAGGCUCAGAGCAUCAACAAAUCUCUGUCAUCACUUGGUGAUGUAAUACAUGCUCUGAGGAAUAAACAGGGACAUAUCCCCUACAGAAACUCCAAACUUACCUACCUCUUACAGGAUUCCCUUGGUGGUGACAGUAAAACUCUGAUGAUUGUCCAGGUGGCACCAGUUGAGAAAAAUGUUGGAGAAACUAUAUGUAGUCUGAACUUUGGCCAGCGUGUGCGAGCUGUAGAGCUUGGUCAAGCUAGCAAGAAAACAGAGAGUGCUGAGGUGACAGAGCUGAAAGAGAGGCUGGCGUUGUAUGAGGACAGUCCAGUAAGCACCCUUGGUAAAGGCAGUACUCCAUCCAAGGUUGCCAGGAGGAAGUAGAACUAUCACUCUUUAAGAGUCCCAAAAAUAUAGCAAAUGUGGCAUUCCAUUUUGGCAAUGACAAGGCAGUAGAUGAACACUUAAGACUUUAAGAUAGUAGAGGUCUGCAUGAUGAGUGGAAAUACAAAGCAGAUAAUACCAAUGCAAUAUAAUGUUUAUUGCAGUAGACCAAUGACAGAAAGUAUUUGGCUGAUUUAAGUAUUUGAUCUGUUAGUUACAUGAAAUGAUGUCAGACUUGUCAUGACUUUAAAGUUCU